AGUCUCGGUCCAUUGCUCGGUGAGAGAAACAAACAAUCCAGUCCACAGAUAUAAGAAAUAGCAUAUAGAAAUAUGGAAUGAAGGCCAUGCUUGAAAUUGAAAUAUAUAUUUUAUAAAUAAAAAUAUUUGCUUGCCUUGUUGGGGGUGGGGUAGGCGGAGAAGAAAUUAACAAAGACGUGCGAUGUGACACACUUUUACUAGUUAAUUACUAGUGUUUGGAAAUUGGAAGGCAGGCAAAAGCGAUGGGGUACUGCGCUCGCAGGCCCUUGUUGACUGCUCCACCUCCUCUACCAACUGCUCCUUACAGUUACCACCGUAGCCGUCGUGGUGCUGGUGGUUGUGAAGCGCGCUCAUUUCUCUCGUCUUUUCCUCAAAACUCAUUGCGGCCAAACCCCAUAUCUCAUGCUUAUGCUCAUGGAGGGAUUCCUUUCAAAACAUUUAAUGCAUCAUUUGCAGCAAAACCUUCUUUAUUUCGCACCCUUUGCUUCCCUUCCCUGCUUCUUGGCAAUAACGGAGACUGUCACUUUGAAGAAGUAGGAGAAGAAGAAGGCGGUGGCAGUGGCGGUGGCAACAACAAUAACAACAACCAUAAUAACAAUAACAAUAACAGUAACGACGGCGAUAGUGGUUGGCGCAGUGAUGAUGAUGGUGGUUCUGGUUCGUCAGGGUCCUUUAUCUUCUUCUCCCUCUUCAUUUGCUCCGUUGUAUGUUGUUUUUGGGCCUUCCAAUUGGCCUCUGCGCUGGCAACAACUACCUCUGCCUCAUCAUCAUCAUCAUCAUCUGGGUAUGUGUGGGAAGUGAGUGGAGGCAAGUGGACCAUGCUUAUUCCUCAUCUGUUUGACGAUGCAUUCGUUGUUGUUCCUGAUGCAACUUCAACAGGACCAUCGACCUCUUCUUAUUCCCUUUCUAAUUUGUGGCUGCACUGCCGAAAUCUAUUUAUGCGUCUUAUGCUUCCGGAAGGUUUUCCUCAAAGCGUCACUAGCGAUUACCUGGACUACUCUUUAUGGAGAGCAGUUCAGGGCGUUGCCAGCCAGAUUAGCGGUGUCCUUGCCACCCAGGCAUUGCUUUAUGCUGUUGGGUUGGGAAAAGGAGCUAUUCCAACUGCUGCUGCAGUCAAUUGGGUACUCAAGGACGGGAUUGGGUAUCUGAGCAAAAUUAUGCUAUCAAAAUAUGGACGACAUUUUGAUGUCAAUCCGAAAGGAUGGAGGUUAUUUGCAGAUAUGUUGGAAAAUGCUGCUUUUGGAAUGGAGAUGUUGACUCCAGCAUUUCCCCAUCUUUUUGUUAUGAUUGGUGCUGUUGCUGGGGCAGGACGCUCUGCUGCUGCAUUGAUCCAGGCUGCUACAAGGAGCUGCUUCUAUGCUGGUUUUGCCGCUCAAAGGAACUUUGCUGAGGUUAUUGCUAAGGGCGAAGCUCAAGGAAUGGUGAGCAAGUCCAUUGGUAUUGUGCUUGGCAUAGCAUUGGCUAACUGCAUAGGCUCCUCUGCAUUUCUUACCUUCGUUUCUUUUAGUGUGGUCACUUGGGUCCAUAUGUUCUGCAAUCUCAAGUCAUAUCAAUCCAUUAAACUAAGGACUUUAAAUCCUUAUCGUGCAAGUUUGGUUUUUAGUGAAUAUCUUAUUAGUGGCCAAGCACCUUCAGUCAAAGAUGUAAAUGAUGAGGAACCACUUUUUCCUGCUGUACCUUUUUUAAAUGUGAAACCUAUGAACAAAGGGCAACCAAAUUUACUAUCUUCAGAGGCAAAAGAUGCAGCUUCUACAAUUGAGAAUCGACUGCAACUGGGUUCAAAACUCAGUGAUGUUGUCAACAGCAAAGAGGAUGUGCUUGCACUAUUCAGUCUCUAUAGAAAUGAGGGAUACAUUUUGACUGAGAUCAAUGGAAGAUUCUGUGUGGUGCUUAAAGAAACUUGUUUGCCGCAAGACAUGCUCAAGGCAAUGUUCCAAGUGAAUUAUCUGUACUGGCUGGAGAAGAAUGCAGGAAUUGAAGGAAGAAGUGCUUGUUAUGACUGCAAACCAGGGGGACGGCUGCAAAUAUCUCUAGAUUAUGUACAAAGAGAAUUUAACCAUGUCAAAAACGAUGGGGAAUCGGUUGGUUGGGUCACAGAUGGACUCAUUGCGAGGCCUUUAACCCAUAGGAUUCUUUACCAGGCUUGAGUCGAUAUAUAAUCCUUUUAGAAUGGACUAAUCUUAAUACCUUUUACUGGUAUUUCCUUUCUAUAUGCUAGUUAGUAUCAGUGUACCUAUUUAGGUUUGUUCC